AUGUCUGGAGAUCACAAAGCAGAAAUUAAAUAUCCUUCGGAGUAUGUCAAGCUCAAUAUCGGCGGUUCCUUACACUACACAACUUUAGGUACACUGCAAAAGCAUGACACUAUGCUACGUGCUAUGUUUAGUGGUCGCAUGGAAAUUCUCACAGACUCCGAAGGGUGGAUAUUAAUAGACAGGUGUGGUAAACAUUUUGGAACGAUCUUAAAUUUCUUAAGGGACGGCUCGGUUUCAUUACCAGAGAGCACAAAAGAAAUGGCGGAACUACUCACAGAAGCAAAAUUUUAUUGCAUCAGCGAAUUAGCUGAUUCUUGUGAGCAAGCACUUCUUCGUAAGGAGAGAGAAGCUGAACCUAUUUGCAGGGUUCCACUUAUCACUUCUCAAAGAGAAGAGCAAUUGUUAAUUAGCAGCACUACUAAACCAGUAGUGAAGCUACUCAUUAAUAGGCACAAUAACAAAUAUUCCUAUACAAGUACGUCAGAUGACAAUCUGUUAAAAAACAUAGAAUUGUUCGACAAAAUGUCUCUUAGAUUCAACGGUAGAGUGCUAUUUAUUAAAGAUGUAAUCGGCUCCAGUGAAAUUUGUUGUUGGACAUUCUAUGGUCAUGGCCGCAAAGUUGCAGAAGUUUGUUGUCACUCUAUUGUAUAUACGACAGACAAGAAACAUACAAAGGUUGAGUUUCCAGAGGCCAGAAUUUAUGAAGAGACAUUAAAUAUUUUAUUAUAUGAACACCGAAAUGGUCCCGACCAAGAACUAAUGCAAGCAACAUCCUCGCGUGGUGCGGUCAGUGCACCACCUUGUACAUCUGACGAAGAAGAGGGUGAGCGUUCAGGCUUGGCUCGCCUUCGCUCCAACAAACAAAACACCAACUGACCCAACCUUGCCCCCCUUACCUCUCCUCAUCCUGCGACUUUUAAUGUCGUUCGAGUCCUCGCCCUUAAAACGCGAGCCAAUAUAAAGUAAGAUGUGUGAAAAAGGAGAUACAUAGAAAAUUCCAUGCAUACGUAUGAAUCCAUAAAUAUUUUCAUACGUAUAUAUGUAUCUCUUUCCCUUUCAUGUACAACAAUGAACGAACAAUAUCGUCAGGAUUGGUUGUACGAUGGGCUAUCACUAAGUUUCACAUCACACUUUUAUAUUUUCUUGGUAUAUAGCUAUAUAUCCUAAUUAUUUUACAUGUCUGGGAUCAUUUACAGAUAAUUUUGAUUUCAAACAGAAUGACAAAUUCGUCUUGAAUUAAUUCAUACUUAUGCAAUAAGGUAUAUAGGGUAAUAAAAAAUGUAAGAACGUUUUCUUAUUUCUUAUUUUCAUAUUGAAAAUCUGGAAAUAAGUAUCUAUAAGAAAACAAAGAUGCGAGUACUAUUUAUGUGCCAAAUGUUUUGUCAGAAGUAAAAGCAGAAGUAAGUCGAAGUUGCCAUUCUGUGGUCGAUGGAAUUAUUUACUAUCUGAUACUCUAUAACAACUUUUAAGCAGUUAUUUAGAAUAAUAAAUUGUAUAAAACCUUGCACAACAUAGGACUGCAUUGUUACCUGUUAUAAGUAUUAUUAUUAUAGUUAUUGCUAUUAUAAAAUUAUGAUUAUUAUUACUAUUAUUAUUAGUAUCGUAUUUAUCAAUAUUUUUUAUUACUAUUGCUAGAAUUAAUACAAAUUUAACAUGUUUAUAUCAUUUUUUUACAAAACAGAAUUCUAUAUAUGUCAAUAAAUUAAUAAAAUAAAAAAUGUGUUUUUUUUUGCAUUUUUCAAUUGGGAUAUUCUAUUAAACUGCUUAAAGGAUGCUGUGGAGUAAACACUGCCAGUAAAAUAACUACAACAAAGUAUAUAAAAUGAUAUCAGUCAGAUACAAUUCAAUGUUAUUCAAAAUUAUAUAAACAUAGGUCCUAUAUCACGGAAAACAUAAUAAUUUUAUAAGCGAAUAAGCUUUGUGUUAAUUUCUGUACAUCAUUCCAAAAUGUGGUACAUUUUUUUUCUCAUAUCAAUGCUUUUUACUUUAGUUACCUACUUCAAUGUAUGAAAACAAACAUGUCGUAAUUCAACGUAUACUGCAAACCGAUAUAGCAUACUUUUCGUAGUAUGGUGCAAAAUCUUAAAUUUAAUGAAGGGACCAUAUGUAUUCCAAUUUCAUAUGUACAGUUAUUUCGCUGUAAAGAAACUUUCAUGCAAAGAUUAUUUGUUAUUCCUUGAUUUACUAAAGUUAAAAAAUUAAAAGUCCGCAUAUAUUAUUCUCCCGAAUACAAGACGAUAUUUAUGCGUAUACAUUAUAGCAAUAUGGAAAAGCAUAAGGUUUGAUAACAUAAAGAAAUUUAAGUUCCUAUAAUUUUAUAUAAGGAAAAAUUUUAAAAUUGUAGGUAGUGAGUGUCGUUCAUAUUUCAUAUUUAUUAUAAACUUUUAUAAUUAAUAAAAUUGUGUAAUAUGUAAGUUAAGCUAAAUGCAAUAUAUAUUAUGUUAAUGAAAAUAUUAUUGCUGCUUGAAUUUUUCAACCUCACGGUAGAGCACAGUUUUAGCGGCCUUCUUGUCAGGUAAAACCGACACGAGCUUUAACAUUUGUUGAAAUUACAUGUUUUCAUAUGUAAAAUAAUAGAAUUAGUCGUUGUCAAGAGUGAAUUAAAAAUUGUACUGAUUAUUUAUGUUUUCUUUCAGGAAACUAGUACGUCCCAUCAAUAUACAUAGGGUAGCCAUGGUCCACUUAUUAAAUCGACGAAAUUUAUAAUCUAGCUACAUUGUGCAAGCCAUCAACGUUUUCACAAUAAUUUAAAAAUAUACAGAAAGUUUUGUCUUGUAUCCGGGUGAAUUGAGUAACUCAUAAAGAUUUUGAAUAAUUUGUUCAUUCAUUCAAUUCAUAACUCGAAAAGAAAAACGAAGGUUAUGUUUUUUUUUGUUUUUUUUUUUUAUCAACUUGUCGCUGCUCAAAUAACAAAAGAAUAUUUAUCAAUCCACACUCUUCCAGGCGUUUGCAUUUGCCUAAAUUUUUGAAACUGUAUAUAAUAAAGAUGUCUGUACAUGAUAUCAAUUGUGAAUUUACAGAUUUGCCAAAUUAUCUUAUCCAAAGGCAAAAAUAAAGUAUCAAAUGGUAAUACUACAAGAAGUUGAAUACCGAGUUUAAUCUACCGAAUAAAAAUAACCCUACUCCAUGUAUAGAUAACGCUACAACUUUUAUGAAAAAGUAAUGAUAAUUAUUUCAUUAUGUACUAUUUUAUGAAAAAUGUAUUAAAUUGUAGCUUUCACUGUAAACCUAGGGAACGUUAAUAAUAUGUAUUUAAUUCGUGCUUUAACAAAUAUUAUUUGUAUCUGUAUGCAUAUUUGGUAGAAAAAGACUGAUUUGCAAAAUAUUUUUCUUCAAAUUUUCUUUGAGAAAAGUAAAUUUGCAAAAGUGGGGCCAUUAAAUAUCUGAGAUAAUAAUUGUCUGGAGAACAGGGUAUCUUUUUAAAAUGUGAAGGAAAAUAUCAAAUAAUACUUGAUAGAUGCAUAAUAAAGAAAUAAAAGAGUAGCGCAAACGAAAAUAUCAACAAGACGUAUAUAUACAUACUUAUCUAUCCUGUGAAUUUAAUUGCAAAAGAAAUAUUCUUACUGUCUAUAAUUAUGAUAAUAAAAUUAAUUAACAGUAAAAAUAUACAUACGAAUAUGUAAUUCAGAGUGUUAAUAAGUGUUACUGUGAUACUGAAAUUGAAAUUGCGUAAUAAAGCUAGUGUAUGAUGUAUA